CUACUGAUUCAAAUGCUAAAGUCUUCCAGAAACACCCUCAUAGUCAGAAGUAAUGUUGACCACCUAUCGGUUCAGAGUCGUGACACUUCAAGAGGUGGGCAGAUUAUUCAUUUGUGAAUGAACAGCAUUUAUGAGAAAUUUGGAGAAAUUUUGUGUUUGAGAGACACGAAGAAUCCCGAGCUUUCCAAAACAGACUGAUGAUCACACCCACCGGGGAGUUUAUGAAAAUGCAAGCCCCUGGAGCACGGGCCUCUGCUGGAUAUUCGGAAUCAUGGGGCUGAGUAGGGCCAGGAAUCUGUACUUUUAGAACAGCCAUAUUAUCUAAAGUAUAUAGUCAUUCCCAGUCCAAGCUCUGUAAAUCCUGAAGAGAAAAAUCUAAAAACUGCAUAUCCGGAUUAUGUUAUUCUAGCUUCCUGUAGAAAUCAGGCUUCAAGGAGCAUACAGCCAUUCUUAUCAACAUGAGACACGGAUUUGUAGGCAAUUUCUGUACCUUUCAUAAAGCUGGCUAAAAGCAUCAGCCGGUAUUUAUAUAAGAAUCCAUGUCUGUUCUUUUUUUCCAAAAAUCCUAGAGCAGUUGGCUCCUCAGAUAAACCUGUGUGUUUCUUUUAUCCAGUAAAAGCAGCGCAUCCAGAGGUACUUGUUUCCUGGCCUUCUGCGAAGCCCACAGAUAAAUUAGGUCUCAUUUAGAAACGUCCCAUUUCGAAAAGCCUGAGCAUUUUGCAGCUUUCUCCUGUCUUGAAGAAGUAGAACGUUGCCCGAGAAACGUUUUGCCCCUUCGAGACUCAGGAGGAUGAAAGUCAUCACUUGUGAAAUAGCCUGGCACAACAAGGAGCCCGUGUACAGCCUGGACUUCCAGCAUGGGACGGCUGGGAGGAUCCACAGACUGGCGUCUGCCGGCGUGGACACCAAUGUCAGGAUCUGGAAGGUAGAAAAGGGACCAGAUGGAAAAGCCAUCGUGGAAUUUUUGUCCAAUCUUGCUCGUCAUACCAAAGCCGUCAAUGUUGUGCGUUUUUCUCCAACUGGGGAAAUUUUAGCAUCGGGAGGAGAUGAUGCUGUCAUCCUGUUGUGGAAGGUGAAUGAUAACAAGGAGCCGGAGCAGAUCGCUUUUCAGGAUGAGGACGAGGCCCAGCUGAACAAGGAGAACUGGACGGUUGUGAAGACUCUGCGGGGCCACUUAGAAGAUGUGUAUGAUAUUUGCUGGGCAACUGAUGGGAAUUUAAUGGCUUCUGCCUCUGUGGAUAACACAGCCAUCAUAUGGGAUGUCAGCAAAGGACAAAAGAUAUCAAUUUUUAAUGAACAUAAAAGUUAUGUCCAAGGAGUAACCUGGGACCCUUUGGGUCAAUAUGUUGCUACUCUGAGCUGUGACAGGGUGCUGCGAGUAUACAGUAUACAGAAGAAGCGUGUGGCUUUCAAUGUUUCGAAGAUGCUGUCUGGAAUAGGGGCUGAAGGAGAGGCAAGAAGCUACCGGAUGUUUCACGACGACAGCAUGAAGUCUUUCUUCCGUAGACUGAGUUUCACUCCCGACGGAUCUUUGCUCCUCACGCCAGCUGGAUGUGUGGAAUCUGGUGAAAAUGUAAUGAAUACCACUUAUGUUUUCUCCAGGAAGAAUCUUAAAAGGCCCAUCGCUCAUCUUCCAUGUCCUGGAAAAGCCACUCUUGCUGUUCGCUGCUGUCCGGUCUACUUUGAACUGAGGCCAGUGGUGGAAACAGGUGUGGAGCUGAUGAGUCUGCCCUACCGCCUGGUGUUUGCUGUGGCCUCGGAGGACUCCGUGCUUCUGUAUGACACCCAGCAGUCCUUCCCUUUUGGUUACGUGUCUAAUAUACAUUACCACACCCUCAGUGACAUUUCAUGGUCCAGCGAUGGUGCCUUCCUGGCCAUUUCUUCCACGGACGGUUACUGCUCAUUUGUGACAUUUGAGAAAGAUGAACUUGGAAUUCCUUUGAAAGAGAAGCCAGUUUUGAACAUGAGAACUCCUGAUACAGCAAAGAAAACCAAGAGUCAGACACAUCGAGGGUCUUCGCCAGGACCCAGACCGGUAGAGGGAACCCCUGCCAGCAGAACCCAAGACCCCAGCAGCCCCGGCACGACCCCCCCUCAGGCCAGACAGGCCCCAGCCCCAACAGCCAUCAGGGACCCUCCCUCCAUCACUCCUGCUGUCAAAAGCCCCUUGCCGGGGCCUUCGGAGGAGAAGACCCUGCAGCCCAGUAGUCAAAACACAAAAGCCCACCCAUCCCGGAGGGUCACUCUGAACACACUGCAAGCCUGGAGCAAGACAACACCACGGAGAAUAAACUUAACACCCUUAAAGACAGACACUCCACCAAGUUCUGUACCAACCAGUGUGAUUUCCACCCCUUCUACAGAAGAAAUUCAGUCAGAGACGCCUGGAGACGCUCAGGGCAGUCCCCCAGAGCUAAAGCGGCCCAGACUCGAUGAAAACAAAGGAGGCACGGAAACUCUGGACGCUUGAUGGGACCUCGGCUUCUGCUUGAAGCCUACCAGGCCCCCGGUGUGUGCAGGGAGACGGUAAAGCUGGAGGCGCCUGAGACCAGGGCUUCCAUGGAGCGGGACACACUGUAAAUGGAUUUCUAUAACAGAAGUGACAUGUGUACUGAUUUUUCUCCAGAAAUAUGGAUGCUGUUGUAUUCAGUAUCCAUUUUUAACUUGGGACAUGAACGUUUUAACAUAGUAAAUCCUCUUUUUGAUGAGUUUCUGAAACUGGAGCGGUUCAACGUUAUCCAGUGUGAAAAUCAGUGAGUCCUCCCUGGCAUCCUCGUGAAAGUGCACACACUUCAUGGAGGGACUCCUUUUCAAUAAGAAUUAGGAAGAUGAGAAAGUAAUUUGAGAUUUUACUCUGUCGAAUUUUAGAGUAUUUGAAGUGAUUGUUAGAUUUCACUUCUAAGGAGUUGAUUGAUUAAACUUUGGAAGGUA